UGUCGGUCAGCUGACUCGGGCUACAGUCAUGUGAUUUCUGAAUCAGAGCAGAGCGGCUGGAAGAAACAAUGGCUCUGUUUGCACCUCUCUUUAUUUUCUUCUUUUUUCUCUCUGUUCUCCUCUCCACAGGGCUCUCCUCUCCGCUUCCGGGUAAAGAAGUGUGGGACUAUGUGGAAGUGAGACCCGGGGCCCACAUGUUCUGGUGGCUGUAUUAUCCGGACAACCCGUCUGCUCAGUAUCAGGAUCUGCCGCUGGUCAUGUGGCUGCAGGGUGGGCCAGGAGGAUCAGGAAGUGGAUUUGGCAACUUUGAAGAGAUCGGACCACUUAACAGGGAUCUAGAGCCCAGGAAGACCAGCUGGGUGCAGGCAGCCAGUGUGUUAUUUGUGGACAACCCUGUGGGUACUGGCUUUAGCUAUGCUGAACGGCCUGAUGGCUUUGCCACCAACGUUUCCACUGUGGCGUCAGACAUGCUGGUGCUGCUCAAACACUUCUUCACGCGGAUACCCGAGUUCCAGAGCAUCCCGUUCUACAUCUUCUCUGAGUCAUAUGGGGGAAAGAUGGCAGCUGCCAUCUCACUGGAACUCAGCAAGGCUGUAGCGGAAGGCUCAGUGAAAUGCAACUUUGCUGGUGUGGCACUUGGAGAUUCAUGGAUUUCUCCCUUAGAUUCAGUGAUGACAUGGGGUCCAUACCUUUAUGCUACUUCCCUGCUGGAUGACAAUGGCCUAGCUGAUGUCAACAGUGCAGCUCAGAAGGUGAAGCAAGCGGUGGAGCAGCAACAGUUUCUUCAAGCCACUGAGCUGUGGUCUGUCACUGAGACAGUAGUGGAGCAGAACACCAAUGGGGUGAACUUCUACAACAUUCUAACCCCGGAACCAGACGAGAAACUCACUUCUACCGCAGGAGAAAACUUCAUCUCUCUACAAGCCCACCGCCACAUUCGUCCUCUGCACAAGCAAUCAUUGAACGAGCUGAUGAAUGGACCAAUUAGGAAGAAACUGGCUAUCAUCCCUCAGAAUGUCACUUGGGGAGGUCAAGCAGAGGAAGUGUUCACCAAAAUGGCCGGGGAUUUCAUGAGACCAGUGGUGGACAUAGUGGACCAACUGUUGACAACUGGAGUCAAUGUCACAGUUUAUAAUGGCCAGCUAGAUCUUAUAGUGGACACCCUGGGUCAGGAGCUUUGGCUGAAGAAGCUUAAGUGGGAGGGACUUCCCAGUUUCACUCAGCUGAGGUGGACCCCCCUUGAUGACCCGGCCUCCCCAGGAAUCACUGGAGCCUUCUACAAGACUUACAAGAACUUUGCAUUCUAUUGGAUCCUCAAAGCUGGUCACAUGAUUCCCUCAGACCAGGGACCCAUGGCCUUGCAGAUGCUGAAGAUGAUCACUCAGCAGGACUGAUUGACCCACUGCACUGUUGUGCCAAUCACGAUGGCUCUGACAAUCAAAUAAUCUCUUUAGUUUCCCAAAUUAAUUUCUAGAUUUUAUGGUUUGAUUUUAUGUUCUGUAAAUUCCAGCCACCAAAUAAAAUUCAUUUUAUAUAAAUAUU